AAAGACCGGAUUGUGUUCACAAAGACCUCUGGGUCUCUGCAGCUGAACUCUGUGAAUUAUACUGACGCUGGAGAUUACACUGUGUCCAUGUUCUCACCCUCUGACACUCAGGCAACAGCCACAAUCACACUGAAGGUGGUGGAAAAUAUCACCAGCGUCACCGUAACACAGAACAUUCCCAACCCGAUAGAAUACACUGACACUGUGACACUGACAUGUGAUGUUAAAGGCACUGUUGAGUCACGGUUGUGGUUUAAGGAUGAGAGAGCUCUCCACAGCAAUGACAGGAUCACAAUCUCCCAGGAUAAUGCCACCCUGACCAUCAUCAGUGUGACUAGAAAUGAUGGUGGAACGUAUCGGUGUGAGGCAAAGAACAGCCUUAGCUCUGUGUCCGGCAGCCACACACUGAGCAUUGCGUAUUCUGUUGGUGCUCAGGAUCAGAGCGCCACCAUCGCAGCCAUCACUCUCGGGGUUAUAUUGUUUGUGAUCAUCAUUCUCCUGAUUGCUGUUGUCUAUAGAAAGCGUAGGCAUUCUGCUGGAGAUCCCGGAAUCUCUUCAACACGCAAUGAGGCACGAACAAUCUACCAGAAUGAGUCCAGCCAUAUGGGGAACCAGGAUAAUGAGGUCCCAGAUCGUCCAUAUGAGAGUAUAGGACCACAAUCUUCAGAGUACAGCAACCUGACAGUUGCUGCUCCCAACGUGUAUGAGAACAGGAACAAUGUGCAAAGAGCAAAGAACAAAGAACUCGCUGAGGCCUCUGAUCCCAAUGCCACCUACACGACUUUACAGCCACAUGAUCAGUCCCUGUACAGUGACCUGAGAGGCAAAAUGGUUGGAUAACUGUCUGAACAGACGGGGACUGGAGCCGUGAAGUGCUGAUGUGCGGCUUAUUCAACCCCAACACGGCCGGGAUCAGCAAACCAUCUCCUCCCCCUCCCGUUCCCAGCACCUUCUCUUUGUGCAGUUGCUGGACUGGAGUCUGGCGGUUUGUAUCACCCACAGUUUGUUUCUCUGUGUUCAAGAACUCUGGAGCGUAAUUCUCAUGUGGUGCUCACAUGGUCCCACUCAGUGAUAUCAUCCACAGGUGUGGGGUAAACUCUAUCUC